UGGUGUCUCACAAAUAAACUUCCGGAAGGGUGUCAGCUUCAAGCGUACUCUAUGAGGAAUUAAAAAAAGCUAGUAUACAUUUCUGAUUUCAUUCAUCUUUUACAAACGAAAAGAUGUCCAAGUCUUUGAAGAAGAUAGUGGAGGAGAGUCGGGACAAGAACAUCCCGGAGGUGGAGAUGUGCGACAGAGGCAUUUCCAACAUGUUGGACGUCCCAGGACUGUUCACUCUGUCUAACAUCACUCAGCUGGUCCUCAGCCACAACAAGCUCACAGCGGUGCCCGCCAACAUCUCUGAGCUGAGGAACCUGGAGGUCCUGAACAUGUUCAACAACCAGAUUGAAGAGCUGCCGACUCAGAUCAGCAGUCUGCAGAAGCUCAAACACCUCAACCUCGGCAUGAACCGUCUGAGCGGCCUGCCCAGAGGAUUCGGUUCACUGCCAGCUCUGGAAGUGUUGGACCUCACCUACAACAACCUGAACCAGAGCUCUCUGCCCGGAAACUUCUUCUACCUCACUACUCUCCGUGCCCUCUAUCUGAGUGACAACGAUUUCGAGGCCCUGCCUGCCGACAUCGGGAAGCUGGGCAAGCUGCAAAUAUUGAGUAUGAGGGAUAAUGAUCUGAUCUCGUUGCCCAAGGAGAUCGGGGACCUGGCUCAACUCAAAGAGCUCCACAUCCAGGGCAACAGACUGACUGUCCUGCCCCCUGAGCUUGGUAAUCUGGAUCUGACCGGUCCGAAACAGGUGUUCAAAGCAGAGAAUAAUCCCUGGGUCACUCCCAUCGCAGACCAGUUCCAGCUGGGCGUCUCCCACGUCUUUGAAUAUGUGCGCUCGGAGACCUAUAAGUAUCUCUACGGCAGACACAUGCAGGCUAACCCAGAACCACCGAAGAAGAACAACGAUAAGAGCAAGAAGAUCAGCCGCAAACCUCUGGCCGCCAAGAACAAAUAGAGAGGAAACAAAGAUGGAGUCGAUGCCGGUCAAACUCACUGCAUGUGCCUUUUUCUUCCCUCUUUUUUAAGACAUUUUGUAUUACAUUGAAAUGUAUGGAUUAUGUUUCUGAACGUGUUAAAUAUUGUUUGGACUGUAUUCCACUGUGCCUGAGUAUAUAUAUAUUUUUGUUUUCGGUGCUACUUACUAACAAUGCUCAGACUAGUGAUAACACCAACAGAAUUUAGACUCAAAAGUAAGAAUGUAUUAUAAUCAUCCUAAAAAGGUACUUUAACUUAAAUGAUAAGGACAUACACGGCUGUUAAACUGCUAUGAUACCAAAGGAUAAUAUUCAACUAUUAAGUCCAGCUUUUCGUUUGAAUGAUAAUCAAAAGUAAAAGUAGUCUAAAAACGACAGAUGUCCUCUUGAUGCCGCGGCGUCACUUCACAGCAGCUCGAUGUCCACAUUUCUGCUGACUCGGCAACAUUCACUCCAUUGUUCUAACCCUUUAUUCUCCAGAAGGCGUUCAUUAACCUUGAAUUCAACUUUUUUACCUUCAAUGAAAUAUGAAGCUUUUUAUUUUUUUUAAAGGAAUUUUCUAAUUCUCUUCACACCCGCUACCCCUUGAAGUUCUUCUUCUUCAGCUAACGGUGAGCGGCAGGCUUUAUUUAAAAACGCGUCACAUGAAAAAGUAUAUAUGUUAGCUCUUCUUUAGGUAAUGCCGUUAGCUUCAAAUUCUGCCAGUUUCACACUUCAACCUUUAUUUCACCAAUGAAAACACAUUUCUUUCACAUUACUGCCUUUUCACCAAUGCUGUGCACUUUAUUUUUAGCUUUCAGUAUUCACACACAUUCUCUACAGGAAAUGCAUUUUCUACUAACACAUGUGCGGGUCAUUUAGACGUGGUUACAGUUAUGAUUGUUUUUGAUGUAAAGAUAUGACUGAGAAAAGAGCAGCAAGUUCCGAAUCAAUGCCAGAUGGAAAGACAGCUUAUUGUAUUUGACGAUCUAUUCAAAUAAUUUUGUACUAUUGUCUGUAAGAUUGAAGAAGCAGUCUGACUCAGUGAUACCUGCCAUUAACUGUGUUCAAUCUCUGAGAGCACUGAGGGGCCGAUUCACACAGAAUGGAUUGCGUCCGCAUGAUGAAAACCUCUCGCAGCUGAUUGCAAUUUGCCCUUUUUUGCGUCUGACUGCAAUUAUCAUUAAGAGUAAAUGUUGCCUUUGCACCAAGAACACUGAAGGCAGAACAAGAAUGCCCACGCAUUCUUCAAAACCUAAGUCGAGGAGUUUAAACGCAAACGGAAGAAACCAGAUUCGGGUCUAAUACGAUCACUGGACUCUUUUAAGUGCUCCAGCUUCCGAAACCUCUCUGCAGAUGCUAAUAUUUCACUUUAACUCCGUGAGGCUAUUAGCGGCAUCUUUGUAAAUUGGACUGUUUUCGUAAUUAGGCUCAUUUGCAUAGAAAGAGGUGAGUUUUGCGCCAAAUGAAUGCAUAUCAUCUGAUUUAAAUUGGCUGUGUAAUAAGGGGUGCAUGUCACCGUUUUUGCGGGUGCUUUGAAAGUUACCUGCCGUCUCUUUUUGUACGAUUGAUGCUGCUGAACAAUCCUUUGGUGAAUUGGUCCCUGAGAGUCUCUCUGCCUUCAAUUUCACUUUCUCUUUGUGUUACUUUGAAAGCUUCACCAAGUGUCCGUCACAUUUCAGCCUGUACCGAAGCUGAUUUAUUGUAAUCAUGUUUUAAAGUCAUUGUGCUUCUAUCACAGGCCAAAAAUAUACUGAAAGUACAUCAUGCUCACUGUAUUGAACACUUACAAAAUAUUAUAUUAAACAAUGAAAAUCAA